AUGGCCGGAUCUCCGCCGUUGUGUUGGGUGGUUUUGGUGGUUUGUUUGUUGGGCUUUGCCGGAGCUGGUAAUUUAAACAAGGAGUUGGAGAUCACGUGGGGUGGUGGCCGGGCAAAGAUCGUGAAUGGCGGGAGGAUGCUGACGCUGUCGCUUGAUAAAGGCUCCGGCUCCGGCUUCCAGUCGAGGAAUCAGUACUUGUUUGGGAAAAUUGACAUGCAGAUUAAGCUGGUCGCCGGCAACUCGGCCGGCACCGUCACAACAUAUUACUUACGUUCAGAAAAGUCAAAGUGGGAUGAGAUAGAUUUUGAGUUCCUCGGGAACCUUAGCGGUGAGCCAUACAUUGUUCAUACAAAUAUAUACACUCAAGGGAAAGGUGACAGAGAACAACAAUUUUAUCUUUGGUUUGAUCCAACGGCUGAUUUUCACACUUAUUCCUUUCUAUGGAAUCCCCAAACUAUCAUAUUCUACGUGGAUGGGACUCCCAUAAGAGAGUUCAAGAACAUGGAAUCCCUAGGCAUUCCAUUCCCCAAAAGGCAGCCAAUGAGGCUACAAUCAAGCCUUUGGAACGCCGACCACUGGGCCACGAGAGGAGGUCGAGUCAAGACCGAUUGGUCUAAUGCUCCUUUCACCGCCGCCUACCGAAAUAUGAACGCCGACCGGACCUGCAUUUGGCCCUCCUCCUCUUGCAGCUCCUCAAAAGAUCAUUCUUGGCUGUCCCAACGGUUAGACUCGGCUGGCCACCGGAAGCUCAAGUGGGUGCGGAGAAACUACAUGGUUUAUGAUUACUGUGCUGAUUCCAAAAGGUUCCCUCACGGCCUCCCGCCCGAGUGUAAUGUUUAACAUUUUGUGAAAUAUGAUGUCUACGUUAUUUUAUGCAUAAAUAAAUGGGUCGUUACAACAGACCUCCA